CGGGGAGACCACCACUAUGUCGCUUAUUGGCAAGACUGCACUUGUUACUGGUGCCUCUAGGGGCAUUGGGCUGCAAGUAGCCAAAGCACUCAGUUCCAAGGGCUCGAAGGUUGUGCUGAUGGCGAGGGAUGAAGCUCUGCUUCAGCACAAUGUUGAGAACGAGCUCAAGGGAGUGGGACAUAACUAUAUUCCUUUCGACAUAAGACAACUUCAAGAGAUGAAGGCCAUCUCCAAGCACCCGUAUUUGAAAGACGUCAAUGUGUUGGUCCAUUGUGCCGGUAUAUCACAGCAAUCACUUCUGACAUCUACACCGUUGGAGACCGUCAAUGACAUCAUCACGACGAACCUAACGGCUCCAAUCGUACUGACACAGUGCCUGGUACGUCAAUUGAUCAAGAACAACCCCUCGUCGGUGGUGUUUCUGAGCUCUGUGCUGGGGAAUAAGGGAUUACGGGGCACCUCUGUGUAUAGUGCUACGAAGAGUGGACUACAGGGCUUCACCAGGGCCAUGAGCCAUGAAUUGGGCUCCAAAAACGUGAGGUUCAACAGUGUGUCUCCUGGUCUGGUCACCAGUACACAGAUGGGCAAGGGCCUGCACUUUGACACUGUGCUGAACAGAGGAGGUGUGUGUAUUGAUGAUGUUGUUCAAAGCGUACUGUUCUUGUGUGAGAACCAGGCGAUCACAGGGCAGAAUCUGAUAGUGGAUAAUGGAUACAUAUGUUGAGAUCUUCACAGCAAGUGCACUUCUGUGUAUAUCACCGGGAUUACAUGGCAUACACCGUUGAUUGUGUAUAUAAUUGGUACUAAUAGCUCAUCUUGAUUUCCUAAUCGGGUAAUUGCCUAUUUUGGAUGUUUCAACUCAGUUUGAUUAUGUAAUGCUUAUAUAAUCGUCGGUGGCCAUCUGCUUACAUAAUCACAACGUGUG